UCGGGAUGAGCAAGUUCCUGUAUACAGUCUCUCUUUCCUACCUCUCUGUUCUUCUGUGCUGUGGUGCAUCCCCAUGGCAGACCAUAGGCACAGGUACAUCUCUCCAAGUAGAUCGUGGUGAAACCUUGCUUGUCUCACCAGACACAACCUUCUCCUGCGGCUUCUACCCGUCUGGAGAUGACACGAAUGCCUUCUACUUCUCCAUCUGGUUCACCCAUGCCACCGACAGGACUGUGGUCUGGACAGCAGAUUCCGGACUUCCGGUGAACGGCCAUGGCUCCAAGAUAUCCUUGAGCCAUGAGGGCAACUUGGUCCUUACUGAUGUCAAUGGCACCACGGUUUGGGAGAGCAAGACUGGCUGGGGCAAGCACACGACGGUGUCUCUGCUCAACAGUGGCAAUCUUGUAAUCAAGGCCUCCGAUGACAAGAUCGUGUGGCAGAGCUUCGACUGGCCUACUGACACCCUGCUUCCAUCACAGCGUCUCACAAGAGAAAAGAGGUUAGUCUCCCAAUCUGGUUACCAUGUCCUCUAUUUCGACAAUGAUAAUGUCCUCCGGCUACUGUACAAUGGACCAGACAUCACAAGCAUAUACUGGCCAAGUCCAGACUACAAUGCAGUGCAAAACGGCCGGACUAGGUUCAAUAGCAGCAAGAUAGCAGUUCUGGAUGACGAGGGCAGAUUCUUGUCAAGCGAUGGGUUCAAAAUGGUAGCAUUGGAUUCAGGUUUAGGGAUACAGAGAAGGAUCACCAUUGAUUAUGAUGGUAACUUCAGAAUGUACAGUUUGAAUGCAUCAAAUGGCAACUGGAAUAUCACAGGGGAGGGUGUAUUGCAGAUCUGUUAUGUGCAUGGAUUGUGUGGAAGAAAUGGAAUUUGUGAGUACUCACCAGGUCUCAGAUGUACUUGUCCUGCAGGAUACGAGAUGGUUGAUCCUGAGAAUUGGAGCAAAGGCUGCAGGCCAACAUUCAGCAUCAGUUGUGGAAAACAACGCGAGGAUUUUACCUUCAUCAAGAUUCCUCAUGGUGAUUAUUAUGGCUUUGAUCUGACUUCAAACAAAUCAAUCUCGUUUGAAGAAUGCAUGCUGUCUUGCAAGGACAGUUGUGUGUGCUUAUCUUUCACCUACAAAAGUGGAGAGGGUCUAUGUUACACCAAAGACCUGCUCUACAAUGGUCAGGUUUAUCCAUAUUUUCCUGGAGACAACUACAUUAAACUUCCUAAGAACGUUGCUUCAACAUCUUUGGUCUCCAAACAUCCUGAUCUUACCUGCAAGACAAAUGCUUCCAAAGUUAUGCUAGCAUCCAUAGAUGCAUACAGAAAAAAUUCUGACAACAUAAUGUGGGCAUACUUAUUUAUCUUUGCUUCUAUAAUAGGAGCAGUUGAAUUGGUUUUUAUCAUGAUAGGGUGGUACUUUCUUUUUAAAAUGCAUAACAUACCAAAGUCCAUGGAGGAAGGUUACAAAAUGAUAACAAGCCAGUUCAGGAGGUUUACAUACCGUGAAUUGGUGGAAGCAACAGGAAAAUUCAAAGAAGAACUAGGAAAAGGGGGCAGUGGUACAGUUUACAGAGGAGUACUUGGGGACAAGAAGGUGGUGGCAGUUAAGAAACUUACAGAUGUUAGACAGGGUGAAGAGGAAUUUUGGGCUGAAGUGACUUUAAUUGGGAGGAUCAAUCACAUAAAUUUGGUCAGAAUGUGGGGGUUUUGCUCAGAGGGUCGGCACAGGUUAUUAGUCUAUGAGUAUGUGGAGAAUGAGUCAUUGGAUAAGUACCUUUUUGAUGACAGUGGCACCAGAAGAUUGCUCUCAUGGAGCCAGCGAUUCAAGAUUGCCUUGGGAACAGCUAGAGGCCUUGCUUACCUCCAUCAUGAAUGUCUUGAAUGGGUUGUUCAUUGCGAUGUUAAGCCAGAAAACAUACUGUUGAACCGAGAUUUCGAAGCCAAGAUAGCAGACUUUGGACUAUCCAAACUUUCAAAGAGGGAUAGUACUACCUUCAACUUUACUCAUAUGAGAGGCACAAUGGGCUACAUGGCACCAGAAUGGGCACUGAAUUUGCCAAUCAAUGCAAAGGUCGAUGUUUACAGCUAUGGAGUUGUGCUUCUGGAGAUUGUGACUGGGAGUAGGGUUUCAAGCGGGAUAACAAUAGAUGAAGAAGAUAUAGACUUGAUGCAAUUCGUGCAGAAGGUAAAACAGAUUCUCACUAGCGGUGCAGACCUCGACAAUAUAGUGGACAAUAUGCUGAAAGGCCAUUUCAAUUUUGAUCAAGCAAAAGUGAUGGUGAAGACAGCAGUUUCAUGUCUUGAAGAAAGGAGCAAGAGGCCAACAAUGGAUCAAAUCAUAAAAGAUCUCAUGGUAUAUGACGAUGAAGAUUAUCACCCAGCAUACCUUUGACCACUUGUAAUCAGAAAAAUGAUAUAAAGAGAACAAGGCUUAGUCUCCAACCCAUAGGUCCCACGCUCAUCUUAGAAGAAGAAAAGAACAGUAACAAAAUGCAAAUGUCAUUCUGCAUAUUGUGUACCUCACAACAUGAAAUGGAAAUAUUAGAUAUAUUCCUUUUAUUUUCAGCCUUGCAUCUUUUGUGUGUGCUUGGCAUUUCUAGAUGCAACCUAGCUGAUAUGGAAGAUUAACGACAGGGCUAUAAAUCAUCUUUUCAUGUUUGUCUGGUAUAUCCU